UCUGAGUGACGGAGGCUCGGAGGAUGUGCAAAUGAAGAGGUGAACGUACACGUGUGUGUGAGAGAGAGAGAGAGAGAGAGAGAGGACGAAACAGGCAGGGUUAGAAAGAGGGUUGUGUAUAUGUGAGAGAGGCAGGAGGAGGAAAGGGACAUAAAGACAGGAAGGAAAAAGAAGGGGGGGCAGGAGAGGACAGAAAAGAAAAAAAAAACACAAGACAAGAGGAUCCACGCUUGGAGGGAAGAUGGCUGAGCCGGAGCUGAAAUCGAGGAGCAGCCGGGAGAGCGUUGCCAAGGCGGCGAGCCAGGAGAAGAUGGGAGCAGCUGAAGCAGACCCCGACCAAGACGGACAAAUCGUGGAGCGUCCAGCAUCUCCGUCUGCCCCCAUGGUCCCUGCUCCCACGACUCCCACCGGCAGCCAGCCCGGCAAAGGGGAGAAGAUCGAGCUCAAGCGCAGCAUCACCCUCUUCAACGGCGUGGGAAUGAUCAUAGGCACCAUCAUCGGCUCGGGCAUCUUCGUCACUCCGACAGGCGUGGUCAAGGAGACGGGUUCGGCCGGGCUGUCCCUCAUCGUCUGGUCAGCCUGUGGGGUCAUAUCCACCAUGGGCGCCCUCUGCUACGCCGAGCUGGGCACGACCAUCACCAAGUCCGGGGGGGACUACACUUACAUCCUGGAGGUGUACGGCGAGCUGGCGGCCUUUCUGAAGCUGUGGGUGGAGAUGCUCAUCAUCCGGCCUUCGUCGCAGUACGUGGUGUCGCUGGUGUUCGCGACCUACCUGCUGAAGCCUCUCUACCCCGACUGCCCCGUGCCCGACAGUGCCGCCAAGCUCAUCGCCUGCUUGUGUCUUACCUCUCUGACGUUUGUGAACUGUAUCAGCGUUCGGGCGGCCACCAAGGUCCAGGACUUGUUCACGGCUUCCAAGUUGCUGGCCCUCAUCAUCAUCAUCCUCUUUGGCUUCAUUCAGAUCUUCACAGGUGAUAUCCCCUACCUGAAACCAGACGCGGCAUUUGAAGGCAGCAAACUGGGAGUCGACAAUAUCGUCUUGGCUCUGUACAGCGGCCUCUUUGCUUUCGGAGGCUGGAACUACCUGAAUUAUGUUACCGAAGAGAUGAUCAAUCCAGAGAGAAACCUGCCCUUGUCCAUUAUCAUAUCCAUGCCUAUCGUGACGGUCGUGUACGUUCUGACCAACCUGGCCUACUUCACCACCAUCUCUCCUCAAGUCAUGGUGGAGUCCGAGGCUGUCGCUGUGAGUUUCGGGGAGUACCAUCUCGGUGUGAUGUCCUGGCUGAUUCCUGUCUUUGUGGGACUGUCCUGCUUUGGAGCCGUCAACGGGUCUCUUUUCACUUCAGCACGCUUGUUCUAUGCUGGAGCUCGAGAGGGUCAGCUCCCUGCUGCUCUGGGAUUAGUCCACACAGACCUGUUCACACCGGUGCCAUCCCUCAUCUUCACAUGUUUGCUGUCCAUGAUGUACGCCAUCUCCCAGGACAUCUUCUCCGUCAUCAACCUCUUCAGCUUCUUCACCUGGCUCUGCGUUGGCAUGGCCAUUGCCGGCAUGCUGUGGCUGCGCUUUACCAAACCUGACCUCAGAAGGCCCAUUAAGGUGUACCUUUUCAUCCCCAUCACGUUCGUGUUGGGCUGCGUCUUCAUGAUCGCCGUGUCCUUCUGGGCGGCUCCGUUCGAGUGCUUGGUCGGCAGCAGCAUCAUUCUCACAGGCAUCCCGGCCUACCUCCUGGGCUACAAGUGGAAGAAACCUCAUGUGGUCAAGAAGAUGCUGGAAAUCUUCACGAUGUUCUGUCAGAAGAUCUUCAUGUCUGUUCCCGAGGAGAGGGAGCAGCACGAGGCGGCUGAGUAGUGCCGGACAAAGCAAACACAAGACGAAAGACUGAGUCGAUAUUUUUGUCUGAACAUUCUUGUAAUGUUUACAUUCAUUCACUUGUGAAUUGGCUAUUCUAUUUUUUUAAACCCUUUGUCUAAGCAGGCAGGUAACUGUGGAGGGAUACAAAUGAAAUCAUUCACAGAAAGUGGCCCGGCAAGCUUUGUAAAGGAGAGUUUAUGUGAGUUGGAGGCAUAUUUUAUGAACGCUACAAACUGUUUAAAAUGUCAAGAAGUCUAGUGAGGAUUUGACAUUUACACAUUUUCCACGGCUUUUUGUUCUCGACUUAUUUGACAAUUAUACCUCCUUUCAUGUUGCGUCUUAGUUGAUGGAUGCUUUGAUUUUUUUUAUUUUCUUUGAGAUAUACUGCAAACACAAGAUCAGAAGCUGCACACAGCUAGUGGCCUAAAACAUGAAAGUUUACUGUCCCCAUGCGGUGUACAAAUGAGUAGUUUAGAGAGAAAUUAAAAAGAUUUAGGCUUUUUUUUUUUACAUUUAAUGAAACUAACAAUCAAACUUAACAUACUUUACAAUAGUUUUAUAGAUCCUGAAAACUAACAACCUUUCAGUCAAAACUGAGGACUUUGACUAAUCUGAAGUAGAAAAAGAAGAAGAAAAUCCCGUGUAAUGAGGUCAGAUCUGGAAGCGUAGCACUAGCACUGAUUAGUACUGAAAACAGUAUACUCAUACUGAUAUCUGCUGAUUUCCAUAUUUGUAUUUUUUGUAUUCAUUUCUACAAUAAAUCUGAAGCACUGUCUUAAAGCACAAAGUAAAGUGAGAUAAAACAGUGUUUGUAAUGUUUUCUGACGAUGUGUUGCUGUGAAGCGGGUCUGUCUCUUGUAUCAUUCCGGUCCGAUAUUAAACCCUGUCAGCUGCUGACGUCAUGACACUCGAUGAAAUGAUGACGGACGCCAGCGCCUCUGUUUGUGAGGCUUUGUUAUAGGAAGCUGAACGCCUGCGUAGAUAUCAGUGUAGUGGCUGAAUUCAGUGUUAGUGUUUGUAUUGAAUGUACUUGUUGUCUGCACCGUCAGUGCUGAUAUUCAGUUUUUUUUCUUUCUUUCGUUUAAUUGUCACUACAAGACCAAAAUGAAUGUUGCAACUUUCGAGACACAGGCUUCGCUUUUAAUUUCAUGUACCAGACUUUUAAACUGAUGUUUUCCCAAAGUUAUUCUAAGCACUUUCCUAGUCCACUCAAGACCAGAAGAAAGCCGUCUCUCAGCGGAAAGCGAAGGAGAGUCGAAGUUGUGUGGGCUGGGAAAGGAUUCUGGAUUUUGCACAGAAUGGGGGAGACAUAAACCAUUCAUCUGUGUAUUGUCAGCCUCUACUGAUUGUGCUGACGGUCCAGCUUUUGCAGGACAUUGUCAAAGCCACUGGAAACGCAUAUGCCGUUACUGAAUAGUAAUACAUAUGAGCCGAAGGCACAAAAACAGUAAAAAAAAAAAAAAAGUCACAUUCCUCCAAUCUUAUUGAAACUUUCAGAAUUUCUCACAAUGGCACACAGGAGAACAAAGGAAAGCCUGAUGGAAAAAUGUGUUUAUUCUCCAUGUGGCAACAUCCUUUUUGGGACAAGAGAUGAAAUAUGCUUGUUCUUUUUUGAGAAAAGCUCUUCAGCUAUCACCUUCAUUUAAAAAGGGAGAUUUAAAGCAUAAAGAUAGAUCUGAACAUCUGUCAUCACUGGUAUCUAAUGUUUACCACAGAUUUGAAGAGGGAAGAAGUGGAUGUUUACUGCAUAUUUUUGAACAUAAUGCACCUUUUCCACUCCAUGAUUUAAUCAUCUUUAGCAGUCAGAUAGUUUUAAGCACAACAACAUACAUAAAUAAAUCAUUCUUUACUUGAGAAAUCUGACUGAAUUAAAGCAGAGAGCACACUUUGUUUUUCCUGCAAGCCUCCCCAUUUACUUUACGCACAACAUGCUAUAUCCGUGUGUGUAUUACAAUAUGUAUAAAUCAGUAAUUCCUUUAAUGGCCUGAUGAAAUGUUAUGGAAACAAAAGAAAACCCAUAUUUUUAAUCCUAAAUUUGAGAGUAUCUAUUGUAAACUGUUGCGUCCCGGUGUCCAUGGCAGGUACAUGUAACAAUAAAAGAUAUUUUGUUCAAA